AUGGAGCGUGGCGUCCAGGCGGGCUUUAGGCUCAACCUGCCAGAGGACAAGCCGCUGGCCGACACCACCCCGCUGGUGGUCGUGCUGGGAUGGUACGGCGCCCAGGACAGGCACGUGGCCAACUUCCUGGACAGCCUGGGGCCCGCCCUGGGCCAGCGCAAGAUCGUCUUCUUCACCUUCUCCAACGGCGGCGGCUUCCUGCUGGAGCAGGUGGACCGGCUGGUGCACGACACCAAGCAGUACCGCCACCUGGCCCCCCGCAUCGCCGGCACCAUGUUCGACUCGGCGCCCUGCUACAUGCACCACAGGGCAGGCUCCAUCGCCAUUGGCGCGGGCCGCAGCCUGCCCAUCCGCAUCCUGGCUUCGCUGGUGUUCUACCUCGGCGUCGCCAUCAUGCUCAUGAUCUCCCCCUUCCGCACCUCGACCUACUGGCGCAACAUGGAGCAGCUGCGCAUGGGGCGCAAAUCCUUGUACCUGUACAGCCAGGACGACCCGCUGUGUGAUCCCGUAAAGCUGGAUGAGCUGGUGGCGGCGCGGCGGCGCCAGCUGGGCGACGCCCAGGUGGCGGCGGUCAAGUGGCAGCGCAGCCAGCACGUGGCCCACAUCCGCCACCACAUGCGCGAGUACACCGGCGCGCUGUUUGGCUUCCUGCAAACCGUGUGA